GCUCCUCUCUUUAUAAAGCUAUUAGUUUCUCAAUAUCAUAUUAUUACAACCAACCUUUAUUAUCUUAUAUUAUUGUAAUAAUAUUUAUAUUAUUCAUUUGUCUUUUACACUUCUAGCUAUAAGUGCACAAAUAAGACAUAAUCAAUAAUGUCUUUAACAUCACAUUUUCUUAUACUUGUUGGUGUUCUUACCAUUCUUAUUUCUUCGUUUCUUCCGGUUUGUCUAUCUAGCUACCCCUUCCCGGAACCCGAUUCGAGGAAUUACAUUACAAAGUAUUCUACUAACAACAAGAAUAUUAGUGAUGAUGAUGAUAAGAGGACUUACAAUUACAACUAUGAGCUUGAUUCACAAAGUCUCGACAAUUAUGAUAAGGUAAUCCUUGAUCGUAUUAGGCACCAUUCUCAUCGAGCUCGGUCUAGAGCCCCUUCCCCUUCAUCUUCGCCUUCAAGAAUUAUCAAUGUCGAACAUUUUAUCAAGUCAGGAAGAAGGAGAGAUCAUACCAAGGGUUUUAAGAGAGCUUGGAAGAAGGCAUGUUCAACCAAGGGUGCAAUAUUGCUAGUGCCAAGAAACAAGAAGUAUAGGGUCAGGCCAAUCAAGUUCUCUGGACCGUGUCGUUCUCCUCUCACCAUAAAGAUCAAAGGAAGAAUCGAGGCGUCUACCAAUCUAGCAGACUACAGAGAUCGACUACAUUGGCUACAAUUCGAAAAUAUAACUAACUUCAAGGUUAAAGGUCGAGGCACCAUUGAUGGCAGGGGACAUAUUUGGUGGCAGAAUUCUUGUAAGAUCAAUACAACUAAGCCCUGUCAACAUGCACCUACGGCGGUAACCUUUGAUGGAUGCAAGAACUUCAUAGUGGAUGGAUUAAAGAUAACGAAUGCACAACAGAUGCAUAUGACAUUUCAGAAAUGCACUGCUGUAAGAGCUUCACAUAUAGUCAUAAAAUCGCUGGGAAAUAGCCCUAACACGGAUGGAAUUCAUGUCACCGAGACCAGAAACAUUCAAAUAACAAGAUCUCGUAUUGGAACAGGCGAUGAUUGUGUAUCAGUAGUAAGUGGAUCAAAGAAUGUUCAAGUGUCCGAUAUAACUUGUGGACCAGGCCAUGGAAUCAGUAUUGGAAGCCUAGGCAAAGGAAACUCCAAGGCACAUGUUUCAAAUGUAUUGGUAAACAAGGCAAGACUUUUUGGAACCCUUAAUGGAGUCAGAAUUAAGACUUGGCAGGGAGGACAAGGAUAUGCAAAAAAUGUUGUAUUUCAAAAUAUUGCAAUGAAAAAUGUUAGCAAUCCAAUAAUCAUUGACCAGAACUAUUGCGAUCAAAAAACACCUUGUCAGGAAAUGGUAAUACAAACACUCCUUUCAUAUACAUGUAAAUUAUGAUACUCCGUGAUACAAUGAUAAAAAAAUUUAACUGUCUUAUAAAACUAGUUUUGUACUAUUAUUAUUCAUUAA